UAACAUUCAUUUCUAAGUCCUGACACUCAAAACUCAAAACCCUGAUCUCAAAACUUACAUACACGGACCUUUUGAUCGCAUUAUCUUCUUUUGGUUGUUGCUUGGCACGGAAUCACCGAUCUUGCUAGCUUAUUUGACAAGCUCUCAGUGUCACAAUUGUAGCUGAGAAAGAAAAAAAAUGGACCGAUUUUCUGGUCUACCAAAAACUAUACUUCAUGACAUACUUGCAAAGCUUCCUAAUGAAGAUGCUGCUAAGACCAGUGUUUUGUCAAAGGCAUGGAGAGAAACAUGGUCUACGUUUCCUAGGUUGUGUAUUUGCAGCAGCUAUUUUAUCAAUGUGCAUGAUUUAUCAACAGCAAAUUCUGUUUGGCAUAGCACCAAAGACAUACUAGCUGAUUAUGUCAUGAAAAGACUGUUGAGGUUCCAUGAACAAGGCUUAAUAAUCAAAGAAUUUAGGCUCUGUAUGGACUAUAUUGGAGACUUUAAUUACAUGUCUCGCCAUCUUGAUAUUUGGAUGAAGAUGAUUUGUGAGUGUGGUAUCAAACGACUAGAACUUCAUUUCCCUGCAGAUGGAGACUUCUUUCCAACAAGCGAGUACUGUCCUGACAAAUGGUAUAACCUUCCACUUUGUGUCACUGAAGCGAAAUCACUUACUGAGUUGAAUUUGAAGGGACCGAUCAGAAUUUGCAGAGCAUUAUUCCUGAACCAUUCUUCUACUAUCAAGUUGCACUCUUUGAGAAUGUUAUGCUUAUGCUCUGUUCUUUUUGAAGAUAAAGGAGUUAUCAAGCAUUUGCUUUCCUAUUGUCCUCUGAUUGAACAUUUCGCUAUGGAAGAUUGUUGUGUAUAUAACCCUCUAAGUAGAGAAAAUCCUUUACUAUCCAGUCCGGUGAAAUCAUUAAGCUUGCGGGGUCUACAAAAGCUCAAGCGAGUUUUAGUUAGUGGAAUACAGGAGGUGUAUAUUGAUGCUCCAAAUCUUAAGAGUUUCUAUUAUGUUCAUUGUGAUUUUGAUGAUAUGGAUGUGUCUUUGAAGCUGAAUUUAGAUAGUUGCAUAAAUUUGAGAUGGUUGCGCCUAUGCUCAAUGAAGAACACUGCCAUUGCGCAUAAAUGGUUUCUCGAACUGUUUGAUAAGUUUCCUUACCUUGAGACUCUGCAAAUACAUCGGUGCUCUAUGUCCGAGAGGAUUAAUAUUUCAAGUUCUCAACUCAAGUUCUUAGAUUUUUUGCGGUGCUCAAACUUGAAGGAGCUCAACAUUGAUGCCCCAAAUUUAUUAUCAUGUGACUUUAGGGGAAAUGACAAACCUGUUAUAACUUUUCUGAGCAGUUCUAAUAAACUAAAAGUGAAUGUUUUUACUGACAUGGAUUUUCAACACUAUAGCUUGAGGGAAUUUAUCCAAAACAUAAACCACACCAGGUUUUGACAUCACUCUCCCUCUUUGUGGAUUUCCCACUUGAUAUUGAACUGGGUGUGUUGCAAUCAGUUUCAUCCACUCCUCCGCAUAUUAGACAUUUGGAAUUUCGUCGUGCUCCAAACGGGGAAGCUCUUUACUUUCCCUAUCUGAAUUGGUUGCUUUCAAGUUGCUGCCCAGAAACCAUUUCAUUCCUUUGGCAAUCCUCUUCUUAUUAUAUCGAUAUUAGACCAUUCAUUGUGUUUAUCUACGAGAUGUUGAUGGGCAGAAUAGGCUGUUGCAGAUCGGAUCAUGGUAAUAAAUGUUGGUGGCAUGCCUUGAAGAAUGUUAAGGUCACAUGUUCAUUCAUAACUGGGGACAUAGUGAACAUUAAGACCAUGUUAGAUGCAUGGCCAGAUUCUGAUGCCGAGGAAAAUGUUAGGUUCAUCUUAGAACUGUAAUAAUCUUGAUGUUAGUUAUCCAUCGAUAGACAUUCUAAAAGAUUGGUGAAUUCUAUGAUGCUUGUUCAUCUGAGUUCCAAAAGUGCCAAAAAUUUAACCAUGUAAUGGGGGCUUAGAUGUGUGGGAUAUUGAGAGAGAGCCUAGGAGAGUUAGAGCUUUAGAGGUUCAAAAGUUUAAAAAUUCUAUUGAAGUUCAAUCGGAGUUAGACUGGAUAUAAUAAAAUAAUAUAUUUAUGUAUAAAAUAUAUUUAUGCAUUGUGGGACAAGACUUAAUUGUUGUAUCAUUCUG